AUGUUUUUUCAAAAAAGCGCUCUAUUAUUAAUAAUUUAUAUUUUUAUUUUUCUAAAAAAAUUAGAAAGUAGUAACACAUUUGACAGAUGUUUAUUGUGUAAUCAUAUAAUUGAAUUAGCGGAAAGUCAUUUCCACAAAAGUGAACCGAAAGAUUUUGUUUUAAAGGAGUUAGAAACAGAAUGUCUUUAUGUUGGGGAGAUAUGCGGAGGUCGGCCUGCUGUCAUGUACUGUAUUAAUCAAGUAAAAGAAAAUAUUAAUUUAAUAUAUGAUGAUUUUGAAAAAAAAAUGAGACCACAAGAAAUUUGCUAUCAAAUAGGUGAUUUACGAUCUCAGAAAGAUUUUAUGGAAAAAAUUUAUAGUUAUAAAGAUGAUAUUGAGUUUGAUAAUUUGUUAAAUGAAAAUGGAAGUAGGAUUUAUACAGAUCCAAAAUGUUACUUAUCUGUUAUUAUUCCUGCAAUGAAUGAACAAGAUCGUAUUCAUAUUAUGCUUAAAGAAUGUACAGAAUAUUUAUCAAAAAGAUCAAUAAAUGAUAGUAAAUUUUCAUAUGAAAUUAUAGUUGUUGAUGAUGGUAGUAAAGAUAACACUUCUGAAAUUGCUUAUAAAUUUUCAAAUUUUAAUUUAAAAAUAAUAAAAUUACCACAAAAUAAAGGUAAAGGUGGUGCAAUUAGAGAUGGUAUUUUACAUUGUCAAGGAAAAUUAAUACUUUUUGCUGAUGCAGAUGGUGCCACUAAAUUUAGGGAUUUUGAGAAGUUGGAAAAAAAAUUUAGAGAAAUGAGUAAUAGUGAUAAUGAUAUAGAUUAUACUUUUCCUGGAAUUGUUAUUGGAUCACGUUGUCAUUUAGAGAAAGAAUCUAUUGCUGAGAGAAGUUUAUUUAGGACUAUUUUAAUGAAAGGAUUCCAUUUUAUUGUUUAUUUACUUACCGUAAAAUCUGUACAUGAUACACAAUGUGGCUUUAAAAUUUUUUCACGAGCAGCAGCAGCAAAAUUAUUUCCUUUAAUACAUAUUGAAAGGUGGGCAUUUGAUGUAGAGUUACUUUAUUUGGCAGAAAAACUUUAUUAUCCCAUAAAUGAGGUUGCUGUUGAAUGGAAAGAAGUUGACGGGUCAAAAAUAGUUCCCGUUUGGAGUUGGUUACAAAUGGGAAGAGACAUUAUGCUUAUUUGGUUUCAUUACCUUACUGAUAACAUGACUGAGAUAUCAGAACUAAGAAGAAGAAGGAAAUUAUCUUCUGAUAGUCUCGGGAAACGUAAGCAAGAAUUUUUUUCUUCAAACAAAGAGUGUGAUAGACCUGAUAAACCAAUUCAUAAGCCACAAGAUUCAUUAUUUAGUAGUAGUUCUGGAUGGACAAAUUAUAGGGGUUUUUUAAAUUUAAUUAUUUUAUUACUAGUUAUUUCAAAUGGUAGAGUUGCAUUAGAAAAUCUAAUGAAAUAUGAUGCUAAUCCAUUAUUUUCAAAUUUGGCUUUAUCGAUUAUUGUUGUUCAAUUUUUAAAACUUUGGUCCUAUGUUCAAGUAAAUUAUUGGUGUAGAAAUCAAGAAAAUGUUACAUCAUUAAAUAGAAAAAAUUCAAGUGAUUCAAAUGAUUCUGGAAAUUGUUCAAUACAAUCAAAAAAUGUUUAUCCCGAAAAUUUAACAUUUUAUGACAUAUAUUAUUUUAUGGUUGCACCUACAUUAUGUUAUGAAUUAAAUUUUCCAAGGACACCAGGAAGAAGAAAAACAUUUUUAAUAAAAAGAAUAAUUGAAAUGAUUUUUUUGCCAAUAUUAUAUACAGCUCUAUGUCAACAAUGGAUAGUUCCAUUGGUAAAAAAUGGAGUUGUACCAUUUUCAGAAAUGAAUAUUUCAAAAAUGACAGAACGUGUUUUAAAACUUGCUAUUCCAAAUUUACUAUUAUGGUUGUUGAUGUUUUAUACUAUCUUUCAUUCUUUUUUAAAUUUAAUUGCUGAAAUUUUAAGAUUUGCCGACAGAGAAUUUUAUAGAGAUUUUUGGAAUGCAGAAUCUAUUGGAAUGUUUUGGAGGACAUGGAAUAUACCUGUUCAUCGUUGGUGUGUUAGACAUUGUUUUAUUCCUUUAGUUGAAUUAGGAUAUACAAAAUAUGUUGCUUCAAUUGCAGUUUUUGUUGUUUCAGCAUUCUUCCAUGAAUAUCUUGUUUCAAUUCCAUUAAAAAUGUUUAGAUUAUGGGCAUUUAAUGGGAUGCUUGCUCAGAUACCUCUUAAUAUGUUUUGUGAUAAAUUUGUCAAAAAAGGUAAACUUGGAAAUAUAAUUGUUUGGCUUUCCCUUAUAUUGGGUCAACCAAUGGCAAUACUUAUGUAUGUUCAUGAUUGGUAUAUGAUAAAUUAUCCACCUGUUUAA